UCCAAGAAACAAGGGAGCUGCAAGUAAAAGGGAAACCUGGAACCCUUGAUGUAUCGAGUCAAUAUACAAAAACAAAGGUCCCGACCAAUCUCUCCCACAAUCCGGCUGGCUACGAGGUCCAACUGAAGGCUUCUCGCGACGUAAGGUUGCCAAUGCAAUGACUGCUAAGGCCAAGAUUCUUCUGCUAGAACUAAAGACUGUCAAGGAAGAAUUAGCUUUCGCAAAGGAAAGAUGCGCUAAGCUUGACGAGGAGAACCAGACCUUGAGGGAAAGUUGUCAGAAAGGAGACGCCCCAGCCGACGAAGACCUGAUUCGACUCCAGUUGGAGGCAUUAUUGGCUGAGAAAUCUAAGCUAGCAAAUGAGAACGACAUUACCGCACGGGAGAACAUGUUCCUCAGGGAGAUGGUGGAAUACCAUCAACUCACUAACCAGGGUAUCCUCUACUUGGAUGAUAGCAACGAAGAAGAAGAAGACGACUACUCAGACCUUGUUGAUAAAUUGACCUUUUCUCCAUCACAAGCAGAUUAUGAAGUACCUUCCCACGACCUUUCGAGUUCCCAGGUAACUAAACUAGCACCAGGAAGCUCAUCACCCUCUGCCUCACUCGGCCGUAUUGCACACACAAAUUUCGGUCCAUCUUCUGCUGUUGAUGGUUCAAUUCAGUGGCAUCCCAUCUCGCAAUAGCGCCUGCUCAAGUAGUUAGUUCCGAACCUUGUGUUCCUGCUUGUGCAGGCAGCCACGCAGGUUGAUUUUGUUCAUUCCUCUCCUCUGUACUUUGUUUUAUCCUUUAUUCUAAAUAUUUAUAUAACAGCAGCAAUUAUGUG